AUGUAUAGAGAGAUAACAUCCCCACCUGAAGUUACAAAUAAAAAGCUGAGUUCCACAGAAACAAAUCCACAAACCACAACUGGACAGACAAAGAACACUGAGUUUUCCACAACAGAGGAGCGGCCACCAAAAACAUUUACAAUUUCAACCUCCACAACAAACCUUAUCACCUCCACAUUAACCAAUGAAUCAAACAUGUCUAGAAUGACCACGAGUCUUCAACACACUUCAAAAGAUCUAAGUGAAGAAAUGACAGAAAGGAGAGUCCAAGUCACACACUCCACAUCUACUGGAUACCUCUUGUCAACAACAAUGCCAACUACAAGCGACGUGACACAAUCAAAGGUUUCAUUGAACAGCCAAGAAUUUUUUUUUACAUCAAAAAACAUUGAACUUGGUCAGGAUAUCAUAACUCCAAAAUCAACACAAAGCACUUCAGUCCCUGACUCGAUGGAGUUUCAAACAACUAAACACAUGAGUUCAACCAACAACAUAUUGUCAACAUCAGUUAUGUCACAAUCCACUUUGAAAAUAUAUUCAAUUCAGAGGACUGCAAAAGAACAUGGUUCCACAAGCCAUCCUUCAAAAGAAAGAACAACUGUGGUCUCAACGACAUCAUUCACAACUACAAAUUCUACAAAGACAAUGGAAUCAGUGACGUCCUCCUCCACUACACAUAUAACAUCCUACCCUGUUAUUACAGGACAAGACGUAACUGUAAAUCAAACCCAAAGCACAACCAUCACAACCCCAAUGGAGUCGCAAACAACUGAGUACAACAGUCCAACCACCAACAUAUUGUCAACAUUGGGUAUGUCACAAUCCACUUUGGAAAUGUCUUCACCUGAAAUGGCUACUGGAGAACACAGGUCAACAAGAACAAGCCAAUCGUCAAUGGAAAGUACAGCUGUGGUCUCAACUGCAGAAGAAAAUCUUUCCACACCAUUCCCAACUGCAAAUUCCACAAAGACAAUGGCAUCAGUGACGUCCUCCUCCACUACAGACAUAACCUUCCAACCUCUUAUUACAACAGAAAACAGAACUGCAACGCAAACCCAAAACACACCAAUCCCCACCUCAAUGGAGUCUCAAAGGACUCAACAUACGAGUCCAACCAACAAUAGAUUGUCAACAUCAAGUAUGUCACAAUCAACUUUGGAAAUAUCUUCAACAGAGAUGACAAGUGAAAACAUUGGGUCCACAAGUACAAGGCAAACUUCAAUGGAAAUUACAGAUAUGGUCUCAACCCCAGAAAGUAGUGUGUCGACACCAUUAACAACUACAAACUCUCCGACAACAACUGAAUCAUUGCCAACCCCCUCCACUACACAUAUAACAUCCUACCCUGUUAUUACAGGACAAGACAUAACUGUAAAUCAAACCCAAAGCACAUCAAUCCCUACCUCAAUGGAGUCUCAAACAUCUGAAGACACCAGUCCAACCACCAACAAAUUGUCAUCUUCAGGAAUGUCACAAUCCACUUCGGAGAUGUCUUCAAUUGAGAUGUCUACUAAAGAACAUGGUUCCACAAGCCAUCCUUCAAUGGAUGGUACAGCUGUGGUCUCAACUGCAGAAUAUCAUAUUUCUACACCAUUCACAACUAAAAACUCCCCCGAGACAACUGAAUCAUUGAAGUCACCCUCCACUCCACAUAUAACAUCCUACCCUGUUAUUACAGGACAAGACGUAACUGUAAAUCAAACCCAAAGCACAACCAUCACAACCCCAAUGGAGUCGCAAACAACUGAGUACAACAGUCCAACCACCAACAACUUGUCAACAUCGGGUAUGUCACAAUCCACUUUGGAAAUGUCUUCAGCUGAAAUGGCUACUGGAGAACACAGGUCAACAAGAACAAGCCAAUCGUCAAUGGAAAGUACAGCUGUGGUCUCAACUGCAGAAGAAAAUCUUUCCACACCAUUCCCAACUGCAAAUUCCACAAAGACAAUGGCAUCAGUGACGUCCUCCUCCACUACAGACAUAACCUUCCAACCUCUUAUUACAACAGAAAACAGAACUGCAACGCAAACCCAAAACACACCAAUCCCCACCUCAAUGGAGUCUCAAAGGACUCAACAUACGAGUCCAACCAACAAUAGAUUGUCAACAUCAAGUAUGUCACAAUCAACUUUGGAAAUAUCUUCAACAGAGAUGACAAGUGAAAACAUUGGGUCCACAAGUACAAGGCAAACUUCAAUGGAAAUUACAGAUAUGGUCUCAACCCCAGAAAGUAGUGUGUCGACACCAUUCACAACUACAAACUCUCCGACAACAACUGAAUCAUUGCAGACCCCCUCCACUACACAUAUAACAUCCUACCCUGUUAUUACAGGACAAGACAUAACUGUAAAUCAAACCCAAAGCACAUCAAUCCCUACCUCAAUGGAGUCUCAAACAUCUGAAGACACCAGUCCAACCACCAACAAAUGGUCAUCUUCAGGAAUGUCACAAUCCACUUCGGAGAUGUCUUCAAUUGAGAUGUCUACUAAAGAACAUGGUUCCACAAGCCAUCCUUCAAUGGAUGGUACAGCUGUGGUCACAACUGCAGAAUUUCAUAUUUCUACACCAUUCACAACUACAAACUCCCCCAAGACAACUGAAUCAUUGAAGUCACCCUCCACUCCACAUAUAACAUCCUACCCUGUUAUUACAGGACAAGACGUAACUGUAAAUCAAACCCAAAGCACAACCAUCACAACCCCAAUGGAGUCACAAACAACUGAGUACAACAGUCCAACCACCAACAACUUGUCAACAUCGGGUAUGUCACAAUCCACUUUGGAAAUGUCUUCAGCUGAAAUGGCUACUGGAGAACACAGGUCAACAAAAACAAGCCAAUCGUCAAUGGAAAGUACAGCUGUGGUCUCAACUGCAGAAGAAAAUCUUUCCACACCAUUCACAACUACAAAUUCCACAAAGACAAUGGAAUCAGUGACGUCCUCCUCCACUACAGACAUAACCUUCCAACCUCUUAUCACAACAGAAAACAGAACUGCAACGCAAACCCAAAACACACCAAUCCCCACCUCAAUGGAGUCUCAAAGGACUCAACAUACGAGUCCAACCAACAAUAGAUUGUCAACAUCAAGUAUGUCACAAUCAACUUUGGAAAUAUCUUCAACAGAGAUGACAAGUGAAAACAUUGGGUCCACAAGUACAAGGCAAACUUCAAUGGAAAUUACAGAUAUGGUCUCAACCCCAGAAAGUAGUGUGUCGACACCAUUCACAACUACAAACUCUCCGACAACAACUGAAUCAUUGCAGACCCCCUCCACUACACAUAUAACAUCCUACCCUGUUAUUACAGGACAAGACAUAACUGUAAAUCAAACCCAAAGCACAUCAAUCCCUACCUCAAUGGAGUCUCAAACAUCUGAAGACACCAGUCCAACCACCAACAAAUUGUCAUCUUCAGGAAUGUCACAAUCCACUUCAGAGAUGUCUUCAAUUGAGAUGUCUACUAAAGAACAUGGUUCCACAAGCCAUCCUUCAAUGGAUGGUACAGCUGUGGUCUCAACUGCAGAAUAUCAUAUUUCUACACCAUUCACAACUACAAACUCCCCCAAGACAACUGAAUCAUUGAAGUCACCCUCCACUCCACAUAUAACAUCCUACCCUGUUAUUACAGGACAAGACGUAACUGUAAAUCAAACCCAAAGCACAACCAUCACAACCCCAAUGGAGUCACAAACAACUGAGUACAACAGUCCAACCACCAACAACUUGUCAACAUCGGGUAUGUCACAAUCCACUUUGGAAAUGUCUUCAGCUGAAAUGGCUACUGGAGAACACAGGUCAACAAGAACAAGCCAAUCGUCAAUGGAAAGUACAGCUGUGGUCUCAACUGCAGAAGAAAAUCUUUCCACACCAUUCACAACUACAAAUUCCACAAAGACAAUGGAAUCAGUGACGUCCUCCUCCACUACAGACAUAACCUUCCAACCUCUUAUUACAACAGAAAACAGAACUGCAACGCAAACCCAAAACACACCAAUCCCCACCUCAAUGGAGUCUCAACGGACUCAACAUACGAGUCCAACCAACAAUAGAUUGUCAACAUCAAGUAUGUCACAAUCAACUUUGGAAAUAUCUUCAACAGAGAUGACAAGUGAAAACAUUGGGUCCACAAGUACAAGGCAAACUUCAAUGGAAAUUACAGAUAUGGUCUCAACCCCAGAAAGUAGUGUGUCGACACCAUUAACAACUACAAACUCUCCGACAACAACUGAAUCAUUGCCGACCCCCUCCACUACACAUAUAACAUCCUACCCUGUUAUUACAGGACAAGACAUAACUGUAAAUCAAACCCAAAGCACAUCAAUCCCUACCUCAAUGGAGUCUCAAACAUCUGAAGACACCAGUCCAACCACCAACAAAUUGUCAUCUUCAGGAAUGUCACAAUCCACUUCAGAGAUGUCUUCAAUUGAGAUGUCUACUAAAGAACAUGGUUCCACAAGCCAUCCUUCAAUGGAUGGUACAGCUGUGGUCUCAACUGCAGAAUAUCAUAUUUCUACACCAUUCACAACUACAAACUCCCCCAAGACAACUGAAUCAUUGAAGUCACCCUCCACUCCACAUAUAACAUCCUACCCUGUUAUUACAGGACAAGACGUAACUGUAAAUCAAACCCAAAGCACAACCAUCACAACCCCAAUGGAGUCACAAACAACUGAGUACAACAGUCCAACCACCAACAACUUGUCAACAUCGGGUAUGUCACAAUCCACUUUGGAAAUGUCUUCAGCUGAAAUGGCUACUGGAGAACACAGGUCAACAAGAACAAGCCAAUCGUCAAUGGAAAGUACAGCUGUGGUCUCAACUGCAGAAGAAAAUCUUUCCACACCAUUCACAACUACAAAUUCCACAAAGACAAUGGAAUCAGUGACGUCCUCCUCCACUACAGACAUAACCUUCCAACCUCUUAUUACAACAGAAAACAGAACUGCAACGCAAACCCAAAACACACCAAUCCCCACCUCAAUGGAGUCUCAACGGACUCAACAUACGAGUCCAACCAACAAUAGAUUGUCAACAUCAAGUAUGUCACAAUCAACUUUGGAAAUAUCUUCAACAGAGAUGACAAGUGAAAACAUUGGGUCCACAAGUACAAGGCAAACUUCAAUGGAAAUUACAGAUAUGGUCUCAACCCCAGAAAGUAGUGUGUCGACACCAUUCACAACUACAAACUCUCCGACAACAACUGAAUCAUUGCAGACCCCCUCCACUACACAUAUAACAUCCUACCCUGUUUUUACAGGACAAGACAUAACUGUAAAUCAAACCCAAAGCACAUCAAUCCCUACCUCAAUGGAGUCUCAAACAUCUGAAGACACCAGUCCAACCACCAACAAAUUGUCAUCUUCAGGAAUGUCACAAUCCACUUCAGAGAUGUCUUCAAUUGAGAUGUCUACUAAAGAACAUGGUUCCACAAGCCAUCCUUCAAUGGAUGGUAAAGCUGUGGUCUCAACUGCAGAAUAUCAUAUUUCUACACCAUUCACAACUACAAACUCCCCCAAGACAACUGAAUCAUUGAAGUCACCCUCCACUCCACAUAUAACAUCCUACCCUGUUAUUACAGGACAAGACGUAACUGUAAAUCAAACCCAAAGCACAACCAUCACAACCCCAAUGGAGUCACAAACAACUGAGUACAACAGUCCAACCACCAACAACUUGUCAACAUCGGGUAUGUCACAAUCCACUUUGGAAAUGUCUUCAGCUGAAAUGGCUACUGGAGAACACAGGUCAACAAGAACAAGCCAAUCGUCAAUGGAAAGUACAGCUGUGGUCUCAACUGCAGAAGAAAAUCUUUCCACACCAUUCACAACUACAAAUUCCACAAAGACAAUGGAAUCAGUGACGUCCUCCUCCACUACCGACAUAACCUUCCAACCUCUUAUUACAACAGAAAACAGAACUGCAACGCAAACCCAAAACACACCAAUCCCCACCUCAAUGGAGUCUCAACGGACUCAACAUACGAGUCCAACCAACAAUAGAUUGUCAACAUCAAGUAUGUCACAAUCAACUUUGGAAAUAUCUUCAACAGAGAUGACAAGUGAAAACUUUGGGUCCACAAGUACAAGGCAAACUUCAAUGGAAAUUACAGAUAUGGUCUCAACCCCAGAAAGUAGUGUGUCGACACCAUUAACAACUACAAACUCUCCGACAACAACUGAAUCAUUGCCGACCCCCUCCACUACACAUAUAACAUCCUACCCUGUUAUUACAGGACAAGACAUAACUGUAAAUCAAACCCAAAGCACAUCAAUCCCUACCUCAAUGGAGUCUCAAACAUCUGAAGACACCAGUCCAACCACCAACAAAUUGUCAUCUUCAGGAAUGUCACAAUCCACUUCGGAGAUGUCUUCAAUUGAGAUGUCUACUAAAGAACAUGGUUCCACAAGCCAUCCUUCAAUGGAUGGUACAGCUGUGGUCACAACUGCAGAAUUUCAUAUUUCUACACCAUUCACAACUACAAACUCCCCCAAGACAACUGAAUCAUUGAAGUCACCCUCCACUCCACAUAUAACAUCCUACCCUGUUAUUACAGGACAAGACGUAACUGUAAAUCAAACCCAAAGCACAACCAUCACAACCCCAAUGGAGUCACAAACAACUGAGUACAACAGUCCAACCACCAACAACUUGUCAACAUCGGGUAUGUCACAAUCCACUUUGGAAAUGUCUUCAGCUGAAAUGGCUACUGGAGAACACAGGUCAACAAGAACAAGCCAAUCGUCAAUGGAAAGUACAGCUGUGGUCUCAACUGCAGAAGAAAAUCUUUCCACACCAUUCACAACUACAAAUUCCACAAAGACAAUGGAAUCAGUGACGUCCUCCUCCACUACAGACAUAACCUUCCAACCUCUUAUUACAACAGAAAACAGAACUGCAACGCAAACCCAAAACACACCAAUCCCCACCUCAAUGGAGUCUCAAAGGACUCAACAUACGAGUCCAACCAACAAUAGAUUGUCAACAUCAAGUAUGUCACAAUCAACUUUGGAAAUAUCUUCAACAGAGAUGACAAGUGAAAACAUUGGGUCCACAAGUACAAGGCAAACUUCAAUGGAAAUUACAAUAUGGUCUCAACCCCAGAAAGUAGUGUGUCGACACCAUUAA